GGGCAUCACGCAAUUGCUAAAGCCAUGGCCGCGUGAAUGUGGCUUCCAUGCCCAUUUAGAAGUAGUUGUGAUGCGUACAUCAAUCUACAAUUUCUGUAAUAAAGUCAUAGCCUUCUUGAAGAGAGAGAGUGGGAGGUAGUAGAGAGAGAAAGGGUGAGAAUGGUCAUGUGGCCUUUUCUUAUUGCAGUGCUGAUGCUCACAGGUAGAGAGAGAGAGAAGAGGCGAUUGAAGUUUUAUGAGGAGCUUGGGGUUCGUAUUUGAUAUGAGAAUAGUUUAGUGGUUCUAUGAGUGAGGGAUUGACGAGGAGAGGAGAGGAGAGUGGCUAUGAAUGGGAAGGGCAAAGGUGUGGUUUCCACUAAGUGGACGCUCAUGCUUUGCAUCUUAAGCUUCUGCGCUGGGCUUUUCUUCACAAAUAGAUUCUGGUCAUUGCCUGAAGCACAAGAUACAAUCACUCCAACUAGAAUUGAAGAUGAUAAGGCAAAGUUAGCUGGAGGUUGCCAUUCAAAUAGUCUUCAGAUCAACAAAAAUAGGGAUCUUAAGGAAAUGCUAGGCAACGCUUCAAAAAUGAAUUAUGCUAUACACACAUUAGAUAAAACCAUAUUAAGCUUAGAAAUUGAAUUAGCAGCAGCAAGGGCAAAAAGGGAGUCUAUUCUUGAUGAAGUUCCAUUAUCAGAUGACCUAAAGGCUGCAGCCACUGGUGGUAAACAUAAAUAUUUAAUGGUUGUAGGAAUUAAUACUGCUUUUAACAGCCGCAAACGAAGAGAUUCAAUUCGUGCUACUUGGAUGCCUCAGGGUGAUAAAAGAAAGAAACUUGAAGAAAAGGGCAUUAUCAUCCGCUUUGUUAUAGGCCAUAGUGCAACAUCUGGUGGUAUUCUGAACAAAGCUAUUGAAGCUGAAGAAAGGAAACAUGAGGAUUUCCUAAGAUUGGAUCAUAAUGAAGGAUAUCUGGAGUUGUCGGGAAAGACAAAGUCAUAUUUUGCCACUGCUGUCAAUCUGUGGGACGCUGAAUUCUAUGUGAAGGUUGAUGAUGAUAUACACGUAAAUAUAGCAACCCUUGGAACUACCCUUGCCAGACACAGGUCAAAGCCUGGGGUAUACAUUGGAUGCAUGAAGUCCGGUCCUGUUAUAGUCCAGAAGGGCGUUAGAUAUCAUGAACCUGAGUAUUGGAAGUUCGGAACCUAUGGAAAUAAGUAUUUUCGUCAUGCUACUGGCCAACUAUAUGCAAUUUCAAGAGACCUGGCUACUUACAUAUCGAUUAAUCAGCAUGUACUGCACAAGUAUGCAAAUGAGGAUGUCUCAUUGGGAGCUUGGUUCAUUGGAUUGAAUGUGAAACAUAUUGAUGAUCGCAAGCUAUGUUGUGGAACCCCACCAGACUGUGAGUGGAAGGCCCAGGCGGGUAACAUUUGUGUUGCCUCAUUUGACUGGAGCUGCAGUGGCAUUUGCAGAUCAGUUGAGAGAAUGAAAGAAGUUCAUCACCGCUGUGGUGAAGGAGAGAAUGUUCUGUGGAAUUCUGGUCUUUUGUUCAAGCUUUAAAGGUGAGAAACUCUUUGGAAGAUGGUUUAUUAGCCUAAAGGAUUUAUGUGAACGGAAUGAGAAUCUAAUGAGUGGCUCUUGUGUAUAUUUGGGAAAAAAAUAUAUGGGAGGAUAUCUUGGUCAGAAUCUAGUUAAGGUGAGUUUUCAAAUAUUUAGAUUUAUUUUAAGAUGAGUGCAAUACUAAAAUUGAUUGAUCGAUGUAUUACCCUCACCAGUAAGGGAAAUUAUUAGGUGCUGAGUCCGUACGUAGAGGUACGUCCGGACAUCCACUUAAAUUUGACACGUGGGGUGCACUUUGGUUGUACUUUUUUUUGUGUUUUAUCUGCGCUUUAGUUGCACUUUAGUUGUGCUUUGACAGCUCUUUUAUUGCGUUUUUUAUUGCUUUUUGACUGCGCUUUACCUGUGCUUGGCUUAAAGUUCCGCUGACACAUUAAAUAUAUAAAGUAAAAAAUAAAUCCAAUUGAAUAUCCACGAGUACACUCCACGUGUCAACAUUUUAUUGGAAUCCGGACGUAUCUGUACGUCCGGACUCAGCACCUAAUAAUUUCUCCAUCGGUCAUCUCAAAAAAAAUAUAAAUAUUUUGAAACUCAUUGUGAAUAAAUUUUGAUUAGAAUACCCUGAGCUAAUUUUUUUCAUAUAUUAUUCCUGUUUAUUGGAGGCUUUAUUUUUUAUCUAUUUUUCUGUUAGAGCAUAGGGGUGGCUGGGCAGAGGAGGCUGUUUAGCUCUUGUGCAUUUAUUAGAACAUCAGGUGGCCAUUUUUUGUAACUUCUCUAUUGUUGGACACCAGCAUGCAAUAAUCACUAUUAUUUCAUUACAAACAGUUUAUAAUUUUGUUUUUGUAAUUCAAGUUCUUGAAGGAAAUCUCCUACUUACUGAA